GCGCGUCACCUUCGGCACUUUAACACGAUUCCGGACGCCGCGCUAACCACGAGAGCUUCGUGGGCCGCAUUACGCACGCGCAGACUCCCUCUCCUCUCGGCCCGGGUAGGAGCGCAGCGGGUCUACCGUCAUCGAAAAGGGCCUAUCCGCGUCCUGCUGUUUCUCGCGGCGUCUCAUGGCGCUCGGGAGCUUCCAGCGAAGCGAAACGGGCCAUUGGUCUCGCUUGUUGAUGCGAGGGGAAGGGUUGGACGGUGCGCGGCUGCGUGGGCCGUCUCUGCUGUGGCCGCUGCCAUGGGGUUGCAGGGGAUCAAGGCUGUUUUCUUUGACUUGGACAAUACCUUGAUCGACACGGCCGCUGCCGGCCGGAAAGCCAUCGAGGAGGUGAUAAAGGCCUUACAGUCAGAUCAUCACUGUGAUGAGAGAGAAGCUCACAUGAUCUGUGAUAAAGUCCAAGCUAAACUCCUCAAAGAGUGUCAUGAUCCUUCUAAGAUGUGUAUAACUGACCUAAGAAUUCAACACUGGGAAGAAGCUAUACAAGAAACAAAGGGAGGGAGAGCCAAUCGGAAUCUGGCUUCGGAAUGUUAUUUUCUUUGGAAAACAACUCGUCUGCAACAUUUGACUUUAGCAGAGGAGACCAGAGGGAUGCUCAAUGACCUUAGAAAAGAUGUCCAUUUGCUUCUACUAACCAAUGGCGACACGCAGACGCAGAGAGAAAAAAUUGAAGCUUGUGCCUGCCAGCCCUACUUUGAUGCUAUUGUUGUAGGCGGAGAACAGAAAGAAGAGAAACCAGCAUCAUCCAUAUUUCUUCACUGUUGUGAACUUCUGGGGGUACAGCCUGAGGACUGUGUGAUGGUUGGUGACUCUCUAGAUACAGACAUUCAAGGAGGCCUGAAUGCAGGUUUGAAAGCAACAGUCUGGAUAAAUAGAACAGUAACUGCCCCCAAAGACACUUUUCCAGUUCCCCACUAUAUAAUUUCUUCUGUUCUUGAUCUCCCUGGGCUUUUACAGAACAAAGAGGGUGUUAACUCAGAAAUUAACCAAGUGUCUAGCAGUUGCAAUGCAUAUGAUAGCUCUAGCAAGGAUUAUAGGUCUUUAGGUUACUAGUGGUGGGGAUGAAGAAUGUUUUCAUUUGUGGGGUUUAAAUUUGUUUUUCUUAAAUUGCUCAAUAAUGUGAACAUAAAAUAUAUACUGGCUACUAA